GAGACCUGUACAGGCGGGGAUGUAGGCUGACAGACCCUACUCAAUUAAAGAACAAUUGUAAAAUUUGUCAGAUUUGCGACAAGCACAAGUGGAUACACAUUGGGAACCGACAGUUAUCGAUGAUAGUGAUUCGGACGAAGAGGAAACUGAAUCAACUAUGACACUAUCUUCGAAUUCUAUGCCUCUCUACGUGAAGAUCGGAUUGUCCGUUAUCGGCGGUGCAGCAGCGGUUGUGGCCACACCAGUUGUAUUAGGCGCCGUGGGUUUUUCGACCGCAGGGAUAGCGGCAGGAUCUUUGGCAGCGAAGGCUAUGUCUGUUGCCGCUGUUGCUAAUGGAGGCAGCGUAGCUGCGGGAUCGGUUGUGGCAGUCUGCCAGUCGGUUGGGGCAGCGGGUAUCGGACUCACUGGAGCUGCCACCGUGGGGACAACUGUGGCCGGGGUCGCUUAUGGAGGGGUCACUGUGGCGGAGAAACUUACUAAAUAAGACUAGUGAUGUUUAACAGCCAAUGCCGAAUUCGGUUGCUUGAAGCGGUAAAGGACGUAGCAAAGUUUUUUUUGCCAAUUAUGAAAAACUAAGGUAUUGAUUCUUAAAUUAUAUCAUCAUUUGGGGAUAUAUUUGAUCAAUUAACAUACUUUUUGUUGUUCUAAUGUUGUCAUAAUUUAUACAUUUAACAUAUUGAGGCUUUGAAAGUGUACUUGUGAUCUAGCCCUCGCAUAUAAGAAAAGGAGAUGUGUAUAAUCACACUAAUUUGACAUGACAGUGAGAUAUUUGAAUGAUAUUUUCUACAACACUAAGUGUCGAGCACUUCAAUAUUAUUUUAUUGUGGUUUAGUAUUUAAACAUCCGGGAUCAAUAAUCAAACUAUUGUAAUUUAUUGUCAGAAUCCUUUAAUUUAUAUUAAAUAUUGUUUUGUGGUUCCUGGU